AUGUCUCGUGGGCUGCGUCAACCUGAAUAUCGGCUGCAUUACAACAGGAUUCAGCCGUCGUCUUCUAGUGAGAUCAGCCUACGAAUUUCUUCUCCAUGCACUUUCAUACGGAAUGAUGGUCUUCCAAAUAAUGGCCAAUUUAUUGUUGUUCGCGGUCCUGUAGGUUCCGGAAAGUCUUCGCUUCUAUUCGCUAUGCUGCAGGAACUUCUAGAUUGCCCUCAUCCUGAUGAUGACUCUGAGGAUCCUGCAUCAGACGGAUGUUCGUCGGACCACAGAAAUAUGCAAUCUUGUCCUGUUGCCUCUAAUAUUGGGACUAUGGUAGUGACCCGAUGA